AUGGAUGACGACGACAAUCGAUCAAGUAAUCUCAGACGAACUUAUUCGGCUCCUAUGCUUAAUACCAAUUGCCGCCAAGGUCAUGAUAAAUUUUUCGAUAGUAAUUUGGAUGCUCGACGUGCCUCAUCAUCAUACAAUCAGGCUGGUUUCUCCUCUUUUAAUUCCAAUAGCACAAUCUCGCAUGAACCUCGCAGGCCUUCUGGAAGGUUUUCACCACGAAUACACCAAAUUAAAAGGGAUGAUGUUAAAAAAGACAAUGAUAGCACCGACUCCACGUCGCCUUUAACUUUAAGCCAAGAGGAAACUAUGACUAUAUCCAGACCAAAUGUAUUAGGGAUAGAUAGCAGAGGUUCAACAUCUAGUCCAACUUGGCGUAAAAUAUUCCUCACUCGUAAGAGCUCCAGCCCUAUUACAGUGGGUUCGUCUAAUAGCAACAAGCGUAAAGGAGAAGAUUUUGAUAUAGAUAUGGAUUGUGGUCCAACAAAACGUCUCGCUAGAAUGUCUCCUGGGAGUCCGCAAGAUGAUCAUACAUUCUUCUCAAGCGUUCCUGCAAUCCAUCAGGGCUACUCAUUUGUUUAUCCAUCGCCUAACGCAACGAUAUCCCCAUUAGCUUUACCUACUUCUUCACCUUCAAUGAUAUCCUCAUCGACUUGGUCGCCUGAUAGUAACCUCAAUAGUGAAAGGGAUGAAAACGAUGCACAUGAUGAGAAAAUUUCGUAA